UCUCAGAUUCGAGAAAAUUACCCGAGAUUUUCUCACCAAACAUUCGCUUUCCCGAGAAAAUUUUCCGGCUCUAUCGAGUCUAAGCUAAAGUCUAAUUCAUCCCCCCUCAAUUUCCUCCGCCGGCCCCUAGAUACAUCCUUCCCUUUGUAUUUCUUCAGCUUUUGAUACUCGUUUUAUUUUUUUGGAUCUAUUUCUCGUGACUUGGGGAUGGGAAAGGUUCUUAGAGAAAGCCCCAAUUCGAGGCCGUCUUUUUCUUAUUCUUCUUCCUCUUCGUCUCCUUCGCCUUCCACGACGACAUCGACGUCCAUCACCGAGACCGUGAACGGCUCUCACCAGUUCAAGAUCUCGGGGUACUCGCUCUCCAAGGGGAUGGGGAUCGGGAAGUAUAUGGCCUCCGAUACCUUCGUCGUCGGCGGCUACUCGUGGGCGAUCUACUUCUACCCCGAUGGGAAGAGCGUUGAAGACAAUGCCGCCUACGUAUCGCUUUUCAUCGCGCUGGCCAGCGAAGGGACCGACGUCAGGGCGCUCUUCGAAUUGACGCUCUUCGACCAGAGCGGCAAGGAGAGGCACAAGGUGCACACCCACUUCGGGAGGACUCCGGACAGUGGACCCUAUACGCUCAAAUAUCGCGGUAGCAUGUGGGGUUACAAGCGGUUUUUCAAAAGAACUGGUCUAGAGACAUCCGACUACCUCAAAGAUGAUUGCCUUUCAGUUCACUGUAGCGUUGGUGUUGUGAGAUCAUAUACAGAGGGGCCUAAGAUCUACUCCAUAGCACCACCACCUUCUAGCAUUGGUCAACAUUUUGGGAAACUACUAGAAAGUGGAAAGGGAACGGAUGUGAGUUUUGAAGUUGAUGGGGAAACUUUUGCCGCUCAUAAGUUGGUACUUGCAGCUCGUUCACCUGUGUUUAGGGCUCAACUUAUUGGUCCAAUGAGGGAUCACAAUUCCCAGUGUAUAAAGGUUGAAGACAUGGAGGCUCCUGUUUUUAAGACUUUGCUUCAUUUUAUAUACUGGGACUCUCUACCUGACAUGCAAGAGCUUACUGGUUUGAAUUCAAAAUGGGCUUCUACUUUGAUGGCUCAGCAUCUGCUCGCAGCAGCAGAUCGGUAUGGCCUUGAAAGACUCAGGGUGCUAUGUGAGGCCAAACUUUGUGAAGGUGUCGCAAUAAACACAGUAGCGACGACAUUAGCUUUGGCGGAGCAGCAUCACUGUUUCCAGCUGAAAGCUGUGUGUCUCAAAUUUGUUGCAAUGCUUGAAAAUCUGAAAGCUGUGAUGCAGACAGAUGGUUUUGAAUACUUAAAGCAGAGCUGCCCCUCUGUCCUUACAGAACUCUUGGAGUACGUGGGUAGAGUUAGCGAACACUCCGUCAUUGUAUGCAGGCAUGGGAAUGAAGCUAUACUCGAUGGCAGCGACGUGAAUGGUAGGCGGGUGAAGCAAAGACUAUAUAGUUAGCAGGUUUCCACAAUUCUUUGUAGCCAAAGAAAGAAAAAAGGACAAUAACGUUUUCUAGGGAUUAGAAACAAUUUGCUAGCUUCCGGUUUUCAUAUCUGUAAGCGAAUGUAAAUUGAGAUGUGCAUUUGUUGUCCAAUUUUAGCUCGUAAUUUGUAAGCCUUCUCUUGUAGUUUGCCACUUCCUCCCCCUCCAUGAUCAAACUGUGUAAUGCUUUUUCUUCCUCUGUUUUUCAGUACCACUUUUUUGGUGUAUUUAACCUCAAAUUUUUUGGAUUA